UCCAACUUCCGAGGUGUUAUAAACGCACCACAGUAGACGGAAUUGGUUUGCUUCUGUUAUACAGUAUUCGUCAACAAUGAGAAGAACGAUUUCCUUUAUCUGCAGUUGUCACGGAUAUAAUGAACAGUCGCAGACCUCUGCUCUCCCUGUUGGCAAUCAGUUCUGAAGGUGGGACUUUGGGAGGUUAUGAUAGCGGCUAACUGCAGACAGCUAACCAGAUCCAGCCUCUGUGCUCCCUUGGUUGGUUUACGAGGUGUUGACACUUCUACGAUGGAGCAUAGUCAAUAGUUUGGAGAGCAGCAGGAGGAGAUGAUGCUUCAUCAUAAGCCAUUGCUUUAACACAGUUAAACAGAAACUGAAGAGAAAGGGCUCUUUUGGCGAAGAGCCUUAAAGUAAAAGACAGCCAAAUCAUCCUAAGCUUUAGGCUCUGCUUUGUAAAGCAGAGGAAAUGGCUUUCUUGGACAACCCAGCAAUUAUUCUGGCCCACAUCAGACAGUCCCAUGUGACCAGUGAUGAUACAGGAAUGUGUGAGAUGGUUUUAAUAGACCAGGAUGUGGACCUGGAGAAGUGCCAGCUUACUCUGGUGCCUGGUAGCAGCUGUGGAUCAUUUGGGUCAGCCUCUCUCAGUGAAGGCAGUGGUAGCAUGGUGGACAGUCAUACCUGUGAGCUCUCUCAAUCCAUGGACAUUACCUCUAGCUGGGACUUUGGCAUCCGCCGACGCUCCAAUACAGCACAAAGACUUGAAAGACUAAGAAAAGAAAGGCAAAACCAAAUCAAAUGUAAAAAUGUUCAGUGGAAGGAAAGGACAACUUCCCAUUCUGCGGAGGAUUUGGGUUCUCUGUUUGAAAAAAGAGACUACAAAGACAGGCCACGAACAAAAGGGGCCAAAUCCACAUUAUCACUGCGGCUGGAACAGUGUCCACAGCAGCUCAACAAUCCCUUCAAUGAAUACUCUAAAUUUGAUGGCAAGGGUCACAUUGGUACCACAGCUACGAAGAAGAUAGACGUUUACCUCUCAAUGCAGAUGGCUCAGGAGAAAGUGCAUCCGAUGACAGUUGUCACCAUUGCAAAUGCUCGAGUUCACGACCUCAUUGGACUCAUCUGCUGGCAGUACACAAGUGAGGGACGAGAACCCAAACUCAAUGAGAACGUGGAGGCCUACUGCCUCCACAUUGCUGAGGAUGAUGGUGAGGUGGAUACUGACUUUCCACCACUUGAUUCAAAUGAGCCAAUUCAUAAGUUUGGCUUUAGCACUCUGGCAUUAGUGGAGAAAUACUCUUCACCUGGCUUGACUUCUCGACAAUCUCUGUUUGUCAGAAUAAAUGCUGCUCAUGGUUUCUCUUUAAUUCCUGUGGAUAGUCUGAAGGUAAUCAUGAAGGAGAUUCUCCAGAAAGCACUCAAGAAAAGAAAAGGUUCACAGAAAGGAUCAGGUCCUAUGUAUCGUCUGGAGAAGCAGAUGGAGCCAAAUGUUGCAGUAGACCUGGAAUCUACUCUGGAAAGCCAGAACACCCUGGAAUUUUGCCUGGUCAGAGAAAACAGCUCCAGAGGUGAGGAGAGCUCAGAAGAAGACCCUACUAUUGACAUUACCACUGUCCAAGACAUGUUGAGCAGUCACCACUACAAGUCCUUCAAGAUCAGCUUGAUCCAUAGGCUACGUUUCACCACAGAUGUCCAGCUAGGCAUUUCAGGAGAAAAAGUGGAAAUUGAUCCUGUUACCAAUCCGAAGUUCUGGAUUCGACAAAAACCCAUCUCUAUUGACUCGGACCACCUAUGUGCCUGUGACCUCGUUGAGGAGAGAAGCCCCAGUCACGCCAUUUUCAAGAUCACUUAUCACAGUAACCAUGACUAUAAGGCUCUCUACUUUGAGUCUGACGCUGCUACUGUCAAUGAAAUUGUGCUCAAGGUGAACUACAUCCUGGAGUCCCGAGCCAGCACGUCCCGGGCGGAUUACUAUGCCCAAAAACAACGCAAACUUAGCCGCAGGACAAGCUUUACUUUCCAGAAAGAAAAGAAGACUGGCCAGUAGAUGGAGACUGCAGAAACCGCUCUGCUGAGGGCCUGUCUGUGAGAGCACACAUUUGGAUCCACCUGAGGCCUUUCACUCCAGUGCAAAGAGCAUCUUGGAUGUAUUUUAGGAUUUCAGAUGCAGAAUCUGAUGGACAGACCAGUAAAAGACAAGACGAAAGCAGAAGUUGUUCUGCUUCAGUUGGUGCAGGUUGAUUUCAUAACAAAAGGGAACUUACAGAUUGAUGUUUGGAUAGGUUUACUGCCAUGCUGCAGUCAGAUGUUUUCUUAAUUUACCUCCUCUGUAUUUGAGCACUGCUUUUCAGGAUGGAUUUGAACAGCUUGAUCAAGUUAGCCAUGUGAACCCAACAAACUUGUUAAAGCUAAAUGUUGAAUAUCAGUUUCACUUCUUUUGUUAACAGAUUUGAUUCAUCACAAUUUUUAUGUACUGUGUAUAUACAUUUUAUAAUCAGAAAAUGAAAUGGUUAUAAAGCAAAGCUAUAUUAUUUCACACCUCUGCCUUGGUUCAUCCGCAUUCUGCAGCCAAUGUAUUUGGUACUCCUAUCUUAAAAGUAGCACUGUCUACAUCACGUGUUACAUUUGUUCACUGUACUGUUGUAAAAGGCUGUUCAUUUUCAAUGUGAUGUAUUCUUUCAGUUAGCAAAAUCCUCAUCAACACUUAAAGUUCUGAUUUAAUUUGCAUACCUGAAUGUCUGUGAUUCUGUUGAAAAAAAUGUGCAUCAGAUUACAGUGCAGGAAGUGCAGCUCUUGUUUUAUUUCCAGCAUGCCGAAAAUGGCACAUUUUGCUUUGGGUUGUCGAUUUUGACUGUGUUUGGCAACAAUACCACAUGAAUAAAAUUACUUUAAGAUUGUUUAACCACAGUGA